CUGAACAUACCUUUUUGCUUUAGAUGAAAAAAAUAAUCAGGAUAUCUUAUUGGAAAAUAUUUGGGCGUCUAAAAAUAGUUCUAUAUUCCUAAACAACGAAAUAUUGGGUCAAAAUUAAAAUAUGUCUGAGAUGUGUGAACCUUUAACCCUGGCUAGAGAUGUUAAACGAUCGAUUGAACUAUUAGAGAAAUUACAGGCUAGUGGAGACUUUCCUACCACCAAAUUGGCUGCAUUGCAAAAAGUGUUACAGAGUGAAUUUCUCAAUGCUGUCCGUGAGGUGUACGAACAUGUAUAUGAAACUGUAGAUAUUCAAGGCUCACAAGAUGUACGUGCUUCUGCAACAGCAAAGGCAACUGUAGCUGCGUUUGCUGCAAGUGAAGGUCAUGCUCAUCCUCGCGUCGUAGAGUUACCAAAAACGGAAGAAGGUCUUGGUUUUAAUGUAAUGGGUGGAAAAGAACAAAACUCCCCUAUAUAUAUUUCACGUAUAAUCCCUGGAGGUGUUGCUGAUCGUCAUGGUGGCUUAAAACGAGGUGAUCAACUAUUAUCUGUUAAUGGUGUGUCUGUUGAGGGAGAAAAUCAUGAAAAAGCUGUCGAACUUCUUAAACAAGCAGUUGGCUCUGUUAAACUUGUUGUACGAUACACACCAAAAGUUUUGGAAGAAAUGGAAAUGCGUUUCGAUAAGCAACGUACUACGCGUCGAAGACAAUAAUGUUAUUUUAAUGAUAAUCUUAUUAAUGUAUUAAAUGGAUAAUGCAUUAUAUUAUUUAAGAAUCUGAAUGCAAGUAAUUUAUGUAUUUGUGUAUAAUUUAUUUAACCAUUUAAUAAACAAAUGUGUUUAAAAUCCA